AUGGCGACGAUAACGAUAACACAGCCGCUUCGGUCCUUGGUUUCACGCUCCUCGGUCGCAGGAAUAUCUGCUGGUGUCACCACCGUCAUCAGUGCUGAUGCUGCCGCUGCCGGCGCUCUCUCCAUGCUUGGACGGCGCCAGCCGGUACCAUCGGGGGCACGGGCGCCAGUGCGCCGGCGAGCGAUCACGGCAAUGGGUUUGAGUGAUGGGAAAGAGGGUGUCUUCUUUAUCGCGGGUUCGCGGCAUGCGGUGGGGUGAGUGAUAUUUGCAUCCCCCGUUUCUUCCACCCCUCACUCACCCCCAUCGCCGACAAUUCUCCCUUAUCGGAAUUAAGCGUGACCAUGCCACCAUGGGCUGACACACGCACUCCUGCUUUGGGACAGGAAGGAAGGAAUUGCGGGAUCCAGUACCACGUUGAGUUCGCUUCGGAGUGCCGUGAAUAAUCUUCAGCAGCGCCGAAGAUACAAUCAUCCUCGCUCUCUCCAUGCUUCCUCAGCCCUUCUCGUAUCGGACAGGGAAAACACGUAAUUGAUUCCCCCCGCAAACACUAUUCCCUUCCCCACCCCCCAUUCCCUUCAAUUCAUUCUUUCCACCUUCCAUCCCGGACUAGACUUCGAACCGGAGAUGGAAGGAGGGAAUACCAACGCACCGCUUCAAUUCCUGCUGAGAGCAAACCCACUAAAACUUGCCGUUAUCUUUAUCGAUACCUGACAGACCCGGGCAUAAUACGGCCGCCACGACCACUACCAAAUCUGCUCCCGUAAAAAAGCGCCGAAAGAUACUCCCUAUCACCCCGCACGAGGACAUUUAUAACAUCCCCAACUUUUUAACCUUUUCACGUUUACUGGCUUCGCCGAUCAUCGGUUGCUUGGUGCUACAGGAGCAACACGCUGCGGCGCUGGCGUUGUUUGCUGCGGCGGGACUGACGGAUCUCGUCGAUGGUUACUUGGCAAGGAAAUGGAACCUCAAGACGGUCGUUGGAUCAGUUAUUGACCCUAUGGCGGACAAGACUCUAAUGACCGUUUUGACUGUCACUCUGGCUAUGAAGGGAUUGUUGCCAGGUUAGUGCCCACGCUUGGCUCCAUUGAAUCGAUAUUCCGUGCUCUGUGGUAGGCGACAUCGGGCGGCUGGAUAACUAGUGCUGACGAGGCGGGAUUUCCUGCUCGUACUUGCAGUCUGGCUCGCAGGAAUAAUUUUGGGCAGGGACAUCGGGUUGGCGAUCUCCGCAAUCUAUUUCCGCUGGAUUUCGCUCCCUCCGCCAAAGACUAUGGCGAGGUACUGGGAUUUUUCCUUGCCCAGUGCAGAAGUGCGCCCCACCACCAUCAGUAAGGUUAGCAUCCCGCGGGUAUGGAGGGGUUCCAUGGGCCGUCCCUUCUUACUUUAAUUGCACUACUUCCAGAUGUCACGCAAUAUUAUUGGCACUAAUGGAGAUACAGCUGAAUACUGCGUUACAGCUGGGGCUGAUCGGUGCUUGCAUGGCGCACCCUUUCAUGGUGGCUAUGGUACCGGAUUGGGACGUUGCUCUCCAAGUAAUGCAGUUAGUAUUCCAACUCCUUGAUUAUUAUUGAGAUGAUUGCUGAGUACUCUAUUUCUCUAUAAAAGAUACACGGUCGCAACCACCACUAUCUGGAGCGGUCUCUCAUAUGUGUACUCGAAGGAUGCCGUCAAAAUCCUUAAGCCGCCCCAGGAGCCGGAAGACGGGGCGAACCCUGACGAUAAUAAGAAGAAAAUGACCUAGCCUUCGGCUACCUGACUCCGCACCGGCCUCCCCGAAGCAGCGGGUGAGGGUAGGCAGCGGGAUGAUAACAGGUCUCACUAGUAGCUUGUAAAUUGGGACUUGAUAAACAAUAACGAGGGAGACAGUAAAUGAGAUCUCGAGCAUUCACUCACAGAAACGCGCAUACUAUACCCGCGUACUAUAGCUCCGCACAGAAUACCCGUCCUGUCACAGUCCCCUCCCGAGAAGCAGCUACCCGCGCCGGGGUUAGUCACAAGUGGAAAGCCCGAGUGAUAACAAAUGAUGCAUGUGAUUUCCUCCUUGAGAGGGGGCACAAUGCUUGCCUAUAUAUCCGUCGAAUCUCCUGCAUUCUCGAGUACUACAAUGUUGUAGAACAGCCGGGAACCUCGGUAUUAUAUCUGCUCACAC